AAAAUAACAUUUAGUACUACUGAAAUUAAAUAUUUGCAUAAUUAAAUCGUACUAUUAGUAUAACUUUUAUAUAUUUUUCGUACAUUAAAAAAAAAUUAUGAAAAAUCGUUUAGAUAAUUUUAUGACUGACUAGAAAAUAAUCUACUAAGUACAAAUUAUAUAAAGUGUCUAAUAAAAAAUAUAUAAAUAAUAAAUAUAUGAUAUAUAAAUCACAGCUACGUAAAAUAUUGUGCAAAAAUAUUUUUAUUUAAAUGUGCCAAAUGUACAUUCUUGUACAUAAACAAAAUCUAAUUAAUUUAUAUAGAUAAAAAAAGCUACCGCACAUCAUUAUACAAAUUAUACAAAUUUAUAUGAAAUUCAUGUGUAUUCAUAUACAUUUUCACCAAAUAAAAUAUACUUAUAAAUUAAAAUAUAAAUCAUCAUUAUUUAAUAAUGAUGAUAAAUCAUCAUUAUUUUUCAUAAAAAAAAAUAUUUUUUUAAAAAUAUUUCCAGAAUUGACCAAUUAUUUUUAACCGAAAUCUCAUGUUUCAAACUUUACUAAAGUGCUGAAUAAACAAACUUGUUCUUGAUGUUAUAAUGUACCAUCUGUUGCAUUUAGAUUAAGUCUCUUGCAAUUAUGAUUAAACCUUUAGUACUUUAUUAGAAUUCAUGUCGUUCUUGUGCCUUAUUAAAAUAAAUGACAUGGGUUUUUUAAAUUUGUGGAAUAAAAGUUUUAUGUUAGAUAUACAAUGGAAUUAUCAUAUAGAGAAUAAUUAUGAUUUUGCAUCUGCUAAUUUGGAAGUAUGAUUUUAUUUAAAAUAUCGAUUAGUUAUUAUAUUCACUAUUAAUAUAAUUGACAAAUAUAUAAAUUCUUAGUGGGAAAAUGUCGACACUAGUAAGUAUAUGUUUCCCAGAGAAAUUUGGGAAAUACGUCCUAUGUGGGAAAUAAUUGUAAAAAUCAUCAGCAUUUUACCAAUUAUCAUUAUUGGAUCUUUUGCUAAUGGUGGAUUAAUCUACGUGAUACUCAAAGAAAAAUCUUUACAUACUACAACUAAUCUCUUAAUUGUGAAUAUGUGUAUCGCGGAUUUAGGUACAUGUUUAAUAUGUCCAUGGAUAUUUCUUUGCGUCGAUCUAUUUCAAAAUUAUAUUUUGGGAGAGAUUGGCUGUCGAUUGGAUGGAUCAUUGGUCCAUGCUUUAACAUUAGUUGCAGUUUUUAAUUUGAGUGCAAUUAGUUAUGAUCGUGUUUCUGCUAUUGUCCUUAAUUGCUCGGGAAAAUUAACAAAAAGGAUGAUGUAUAUUUUACUUUUUUCUACUUGGAUUUUUGGAAUAUCUGUUGCCAUUCCUUUGAUUUAUUUUCGUCAUUAUUAUGAAAGACAAUGGAAAAAUUAUUUAGAAACUUAUUGCACUGAAGAUACUGUACUUAUUUAUCCUUAUUGGCAUAUUUUUGCUGGUUUAAGUGUUUGGGCACCAUUGACUAUCAUGGCAAUAUGUUAUACAGCUAUUCUUAUCAAAUUAGAUCGUUAUGAAUCACAAGCUCUAAAAAAUAAAUAUCCAAUUGUAGUAAAAUAUAAAGGAAAAGUAGCACAAAUAUUGGCUCUUAUAGUUGUAGCAUUCAUUAUAUGCCGUGUACCAUUUACCGCAUUAAUAAUUCGUAGAGCACAAUUAUUGAAAGAAACGCCUAAAACAGGACAAGCAGAAGCUAUAUAUCCAUUAUGGUAUAUUAGCAGAUAUUUAGUAUUAGUUAAUGCAGCAAUAAAUCCUUUAUUAUAUAGCUAUAGUAGUAGUUCACUAAAGAAAGAAUUAAUGUUGUACUCUGCUACAUCUUGGCUAAUGCAAAAAAAAAAACAAAAAGUAUUAAAAACUUGUAUUAUCUCAGGAUUAAAAGCACAAAAUUCUCAUAAUCUAAAACCACAAUUUCCUUGUAUACGAAUCUUUUAUAAAGACAGAAAUACAAUACCACAUAUUUCAUCGACUAUUAUAUGAUCAAAUGUUAGAAUUCUAUUUAAUUAAUUUUAUAAAUAUAUUUUAUA